CUAGGUGUGUGCACACUGAUUGGCAAGUCAUUUCCUUUUUUUAAAGUUUUCGCACAGCAACUAUUUUGAGAAAUGGACGGAGCAAAAAAAGUAGAACGCGUGGAGAGCAAGCGGGUAGUGGGCCAUCUGACGGAAUAUUUCAUCAAGUGGAAGGGACUUCCGAGCAGCAAGAACACCUGGGAGUCGGAAAAGGAGCUCAACUGCCCGGACUUAUUGGCUCGGUUUGAAGAGUCGCAGAAGAAAAACGUGGUCGCCAAAAAGCGCAAGCAGUCAAGCAGUAAAACUCCGGAGAAAAAGGGGACAAGUGGCUUUGAUCGCGGCCUGGAACCAUUGAAGAUCCUGGGCGCCAGCGACUUGGAUGGGAAAUUGAUCUUUCUGGUUAACUGGAAGGGAAGCAAUAAUGCGGAUUUUGUGACCGCCGAGCAGGCCAACCAGCUGUGCCCCCAAUUGGUCAUCAAGUUCUACGAGGAGCGCAUCGCCUGGACCUCGGUCGAGGAUGGUGGUUGCUCCACCAACGAUCCUUCGGACAACAAACCGAACAAGGAAGUCAAGUCGGAAAAGAUUAGCGAGUAGUAAUCUUUGGUUUGCUAGAGCCAUUAACCCACUAACAAAUAUGUAUAUGACAUAAAAAGUUACAUACACCA